GGAUGGAUUUCGGGUCCUUGGAGACUGUGGUGGCCAACUCUGCCUUCAUCGCUGCCCGGGGCAGCUUCGAUGGGAGCAGUGCCCCAUCCUCCCGGGACAAGAAGUACCGGGCCAAGCUCAGGCUGCCCCCACUCUCCAAGUGCGAGGCCCUCCGGGACAGCCUGGACCUGGAGUUCCAGAAUGUGUGCUCCGAGCAGCCCAUUGGCAAGCGGCUUUUCCAGCAGUUCUUGAAGGCCAGCAAGAGUCACGUGCCGGCCCUGGAGCUCUGGAAGGACAUUGAGGAUUACGACACGACCGAUGAUGACCUGAGGCCGCAGAAGGCCCAGGCCAUCCUGGUUGAGUACCUGGAUCCCCAGGCCAAGCUCUUCUGCAGCUUCCUGGACGAAGGGACAGUGGUGAAGGUCCAGGAGGGGUCCGUGGAGAGCAGGGAAGGACUCUUCCAGCCCCUCCUGCUGGCCACCCUGGCCCACCUGAGCCAGGCCCCGUUCCAAGAGUACCUGGGAAGCCUGUACUUCCAGAGGUUCCUGCAGUGGAAGUGGCUGGAGGCCCAGCCCACAGGCGAGGACUGGUUCCUGGACUUCAGGGUGCUGGGGAAAGGUGGCUUUGGGGAGGUGUCCGCCUGCCAGAUGAAGGCGACUGGCAAGAUGUACGCGUGUAAAAAGCUGAACAAGAAGAGGCUGAAGAAAAGGAAGGGGUACCAGGGCGCUAUGGUAGAGAAGAAGAUUCUAGCGAAGGUACACAGCAGGUUUAUUGUCUCUCUGGCCUAUGCAUUUGAAACCAAAACUGACCUCUGUCUGGUGAUGACCAUCAUGAAUGGAGGUGACUUAAGGUACCACAUCUACAACGUGGACGAGGAGAGCCCUGGCUUCCCGCAGCCCCGCGCCGUCUUCUACACGGCCCAGAUCAUCAGUGGCCUGGAGCACCUGCACCGGAGGGGCAUCGUCUACCGCGACCUCAAGCCUGAGAACGUGCUCCUGGACGACGAAGGCAAUAUCCGAAUUUCUGACCUUGGGCUGGCCGUGGAGCUGAAGGAAGGGCAAACCAAGACUAAGGGCUACGCAGGGACCCCAGGUUUCAUGGCCCCCGAGCUCUUGCGGGGUGAGGAAUAUGGCUUUUCUGUGGAUUACUUUGCCCUGGGGGUCACGCUGUAUGAGAUGAUCGCGGCCAGAGGACCCUUCCGAGCCAGGGGAGAGAAGGUCGAGAACAAGGAGCUCAAGCAGAGGAUCCUCUCGGAGGCCGUCAAGUACCCAGACAAGUUCAGCCAGGCCAGCAAGGACUUCUGUGAGGCGCUGCUGGAGAAGGACCCGGAGAAGCGUCUGGGGUUUAGAGAUGGGACUUGUGAUGGGCUCCGCGUCAACCCCCUCUUUAAAGACAUUAAUUGGAGGCAGCUUGAGGCUGGGAUGCUGAUACCCCCCUUCAUCCCAGACUCCAGAACUGUCUAUGCAAAGAACAUCCAGGACGUAGGGGCCUUUUCCACAGUCAAAGGUGUGGUCUUUGAAAAAGCCGAUAUGGAGUUCUUCCAGGAAUUUGCCACCGGCAACUGCUCCAUUCCCUGGCAGGAGGAGAUGAUUGAGACUGGUGUCUUUGGGGAGCUGAAUGUGUGGUGUGCUGAUGGGCAGAUGCCCAAUGACAUGAAGGGCAUCACCGUGGAGGAGGCCACUCCUUCCUCUAAGUCAGGAAUGUGUCUGAUUUCCUAGAUG